GCAGGCACAAUCUCUUAAUGUGAACGAGACUAUGAAGCUCAUCUUAAGCCUUCUCACAAAACCAUACACCACUGGCUUUGAGCAUAUUGAAGUCCUACCUGGCCACAUUAACAUCUCACACAUAGCCCCAGGCUCCUGCCCCGAUGACGAGCAGCACACCCUGCAGGGCCUCUUCCUCUGGCCCAGCACGGUACCGCAGGACAGGGCCAUCGUCCUCUGUGAGAAGAACCGACGAGAAAAGGCUACCAGGUUCUGUAAACUGGAUGGCAUGACUGAAAAAGCCAUGUGGGAACCUGCAGAUCUGAGCUCAUGCAAAAGGAUUGUGGACAACAUCGCUGACUUGGACAAGGUCAUUGUCACAGCAAAUAAUUCCGGUGAGGUAGUGGACUUGAUCGGUAUUUUGGUCAGUAACCAAACAAACCUCAGUCAUUCUGAGCUGGACACUGUGCUGAACAAGCUGGAUGAUGUGGUGGCCAUUGGCCCAGUCUCCCCACAUAUGGGAGAGAAUAUCAUGGAAAUCCUCUCCGACAUCCUUCAUUCCGAAGCUGAUCUGGUUUCUUUUACCAACAAAAUCCUUGAAGUCACAGAAAGUGUUGGAGAUAAGAUGGACUUUAAUGGGGAGACUCACAACAUGACCGUCCCAGCGAUGGCCUUGCAGCUUGUCAACGUUAAUUCUAGCCAGUUCCGGGGCUUGACAUUUGGUGUAUCCUCGUUCGCAAGCGACAAUUCCCCACAGAUUUUUGUGAACGAGACAUUUGUGGAGAAACCUCUCACAGGGGCCGUGGCGUCCAUCUCCCUGCCCUCUAUCCUGGAGACCUUCUUCCCUCAGAACAACACCGCCAGGCCCCGCAUCCAGUUCCAGUUCUAUGACUCUGGUGGUGGAGGCUGGGAGAGCCAGGGGUGUGUGAUUCGGAGGACCAAUGGCCUCCAGACCACCUGUCAGUGUAACCAUCUCACCCACUUUGGAGUGCUGCUGGACGUGUCCAAGGCCCCAAUCAGUGAGUUAGAUGAGAAGAUCCUGGUGGUCAUCUCCUAUGUAGGCUGUGGCCUGUCCUCCAUCUUCCUGGGUGUGACCCUGCUGACCUACUUGGCCUUCGAGAAACUGCGUCAGGAUUACCCGUCCAAGAUCCUGAUCAACUUGUGUGUAGCUCUGCUGGGCCUGAACCUGGUCUUCCUGGUGAACUCCUGGCUGGCCUCGUUUGGCAGCAGAGGUCUCUGUGUGGGAGUGGGAGCGAUGCAGCACUUCUUUGUCUUGGCCUCCUUCACGUGGAUGGGGUUAGAAGCCCUCCACAUGUACUUUGCCCUGGUGAAAGUCUUCAACGUCUAUGUGCCCUCAUACAUUCUCAAGCUCUGUGCUUUUGGAUGGGGGUUACCUGCUACGAUUAUUAUCCUGAUCCUGGCUAUAGACAAUGAUGUCUAUGGCAAUGAAUGGGAUGAUGAUGCCCUAAACCCCCUGCAAGACACGUCGCCAUUCUGCUGGGUGCAGAAUGACGUUGUGUUCUAUGUCUGCAUCGCGGGCUUCAUCGUCCUGGUGCUGCUGUGCAACGUGUCGGUGUUCGGCGUGGUUCUGGUCCAGAUCCGUAAGAUGCGGGCCAACAAGAGCAGCAGCACCAGCGGGGUGGCUCAUGACCUGCGCGUGGUGGCCAGUCUCACCUUCCUCCUGGGCCUCACCUGGAUCCUGCCCUUCUUCAGCUGGGGGCUGGUCGCCAUUGUGUUCACAUACCUCUUCGCCAUCCUUAACACCCUCCAAGGCUUCUUCAUAUUCGUCUUCCACUGCCUGAUGAAGGAGAAUGUUCAGAAGCAGUGGAGGAUCCACCUGUGCUGUGGGCCCCUCAGACGAGAAGACUACUCUGACUGGAGCCGCUCCGUGACAGGUGGGGGCCGCGGAAGACAGGUGCGCUCUCCAUCGGUCAAAUCAGAGGACACCAGCUCCAUGAGGAAGAUCUCGGACACCUCCACUUCAAGUGUCUGUCAAAUGAUUGCCUGAACUGACACACUCCUCCUCCCAGCCAUGUGUUUUGGUAGAUGGACUUGAAAUGCUGUUAAGUUUUAAGUGACUUGUCUGGUUGAUGUGGAAAUGUGUUCGA